CACAGAAAUAGGGAUAAUGGAGGAGAAGAGGCGUUUCUGGCCCAGUGGCAACUGGGGAAGCCAACAGCAGCGGCAGCGACCAGAAAGGGCAAGGGGCGAUACCUUUGUCAUUUUUUCCUGAUGAUGAUCCACCGGCGAGUCUCCAAUAUCAUCUGUUUCCUCAACAAUCACCCUCGUGGAGAAAGGGUUCUGCAGGAACAAGCUGGCACAGAUGCGUGCGAGAGCUUUCGAGGUGUUGGCACUUCUUCAAUGCCAGGGAGAUGCUACAUUGGCAAUAUCCAUCUGAGUGACCUUAAACCCUGGGGUGGCAGCAAGGACACUUCGCAAAAGAAUGUGUGCAAACAAUGCUGGGCAUAUUGGAUUCUCCCCAACGUAGGCACUAUUCUCAUAGGUUUCCUGGGUCAUCACUACACACUGGAAAGCUAUCUUAAUGAAACCUUGCUGAAAUCCGAAAAACACGUCAACUUGGAAGUGAAAAUUGGAGGCUACUCUCCUCGAAUCCUACCUGUUACAUUCAUCCACCUUGGAGCCACGAUGGUUGGCCAAAUAGCCUCCUCUGAGACCAUUGUCCUUUCUCUUUCACUUUAUGUGCUUGCUGGUGUUUCCUCUUUUCUCUGGUUUCCACAAGCACCCUGUGGUUUUUAA